UGAGUUCACAUAUUCCCGAACCUGAACCCACCACCACAUCCCUUCCUCUUUCUUUGUUCCUCCUCUUUUCUAUUUCUUGUUCCCUGUUCUGUUCAUGAAGAGAUGAGAGAUCGGAUGAAGGGAAUCGCUGUUCUUCCCUUCUCCAUCGGCUGUUUCUCCAAAUCAAGUGUCCGUGUGAGCGCUAACCACCCUAGGAAACUAGAAGCAACUCCAUCUAUAUCAAGAGAACAAGAAGGGGAGAGCAUAUCUGGUGAUAAAAUAAAGAACUUGCUGGCUCUUCCAAAGCGUAACAUCUCAUCCGGGUUACAGAGGUUGAUAAAGAGCUUCAAGAGCUUCUCUCAUAUAUUAGUGUACAAAGAUGAGGUUGAAGAGAUGGAUAUGGAAAUAGGGUUUCCGACGGAUGUGAAGCAUGUGACACACAUAGGAUGGGAUGGUUCUGUCACCACCAACCCCUUGAAGGUCUGGGAUACCCUCAAAGCUCCUGAAAUGAUCUCCCUCCCUAAUAUCUCUCUAAAGCAGUUUGAGUUAGCCAUGGCUGCACAGGCUGAUGCAUCUUUUGCUGUUCGUUCUUCUGUAGUUUCUUAAAACGAUUGUUUAUGAGGAUGAAUGAUAUUUGGUGGUGAUUAUUAAUUAUAGUGGUGAUAAUGUUUUUGGUGAUGGGGUGGACCAGGAAAUGUAUAUUGCGGGAUCAUUUUGGUAAAUUGGAACCUUCUCCACCU